AUGCACAUUUUCACCUCCAUCAUCGCGUUCAGCCUCCUCGCCGUUUUCGCCUACUCCCAAUGCUGCGGCGGCAACACCGUCGGAGGUAACUACCGUAUCCAGUACGACCGUAAUCCUUUCUUAAAGCUUGCGUCAACGAGUUCUGUCCGAAUGGGACAAUGUGCACGAACGGCUGGUGCUGUCCGGGAUGCUACGACACGUGUUCGAACUGCUACCAGUACACGGGCUACUGUAACAAUCCGUACUAUUCGUGCAGUAUGAGCUGCUGUCAGGCCACUUGUGGACGGUGUCAUGCGUGA